GCUAGUUAGCAAUGGCCCACAAUCAAGGCGACGUUGCUGACAGUGGCGCGGAGCAGUCACCUUCAUCAGCACCUUCCUCAUCUUCAGGCGCGGCAGCCUCAAGCGAGGACUCGCCCGCCUCUUUCGCUACAGGCCACGAGCUCUUCAACUCCCUCUUCGCCAACGCCAUGGAUAGGGCGGGUCUCACCGGCGACGAUCUGCGCGGCGGCAGCAGCAGUGGCAGCGGCAGCAGUCUUAACGGUCGCCAAAUGCCAAUGCAGCAACGGCAGCCGCAACCGUCGGCAUCCCAGGCUCCGCGGCGUCCUCAGCAGCCUCGACGCCCUGCCAACCACGGUGAGGAGAUGGAGCGCUUCGUCGCCAACUCGACAAGACAUAUCGGCAACAGUGCCCGAUCGAGCGGAACGCAGUCGACGGCCGCGAACAGCAACAAGAAUGACCCCGAAGCCAGCAUCUCAGAGCGAUUGGCGUCCACCCACCUCUCCAAGGGCAGCAGCGCCAUCGCUUCCUCAUCUGCAAAUCCGCUUGAUGCUCCCUCAGACUCAGAAACAGAGGAGGCCGACCCUUCCAUCAAUGGUAUGCAGUCCUCAACAGGCUCACUGCCCCGUCGAGGCGUCGCGGCAGGCAGCGAAAGCAGUAAUGUCUCUCGCCGCUCCUCGUCCUCACGCACAGCUCUCUCACGGGAGGCGGCCAUGGAGUUUGCCAAGCUGCGUGGCGGCGGGCUGGGCACUCCUACGGGCGAGAAGACCUUCAUUGGCGCUUUUGGCGGCCCACACGCAAAUGAUGCCUCGUCAGCAAUAGCGAGUGGCACCAUGACCCCCGUCAUGGACAAGGACGGUCUAGGCUGGCCGGCAAAGAAGACGCUUGACCGCCUACACUACACUCCCGAGCAGGCCGCGGCGAACCAGGCACGGCUUGCAGGGGCGGUACGGACCGUUCUGGAGUGCUUGGGCGAAGAUCCGGACCGCGAAGGGCUCAAAGCCACCCCGGAUCGCUACGCGAAAGCCCUGCUGUGGAUGACGCGCGGCUACGAGGAGCGGCUGAGCGACGUCAUCGCGAAUGCAAUAUUCGACGAGGAGCACGACGAGAUGGUCAUUGUACGGGACAUCGAGAUCUCGUCGCUCUGCGAGCAUCACUUGGUGCCAUUUAAAGGCAAGAUCCAUAUAGGGUAUAUUCCCAACCGGCUGGUCAUCGGCUUGUCCAAGCUUGCAAGGAUCGCAGAGACAUUCGCGCGACGGUUGCAAGUACAGGAGCGCUUCACCAAACAAGUGGCUUUGGCGCUUGAUGAGGCAUUGAGGCCGAGAGGCGUAGCGGUCGUAGUCGAGUGCGAACAUAUGUGCAUGGUGAUGAGGGGAGUGCAGAAGGUAGGAAGCUCCACGGUCACGAGCUGCAUGUUGGGCAGCUUUAGAGAUCGCCAGAAGACGAGGCAGGAAUUUCUUGACCUCAUAAGGAAGUGAGGCGCGGGCGGAGGUGAGAGGGAAGGCAGACAGGGCGAGAGGAAUCAUCGGAAAUUGUUAGAAUUGAGAAGGGAAGUCAGAGAGAGAGGGUAUCGUAGCGCCGGGCUCAUCGGCCCUUUCCACAACACGAGCGAGAGAGCUCGCUGGCCGGGCUUCGUAUACAUGCAGUAAUCGUUAGAUCGCACGUCAUCAUGCUACC